CGGGCCCCAGCCUGGCCCACCAUGGCACAGCGGCUCCAGGAUGAACUGGCUGCCUUUUUCUUUGAGUAUGACACUCCCCGAAUGGUGCUCGUGCGCAACAAGAAGGUGGGCGUCGUCUUCCGCCUCAUCCAGCUUGUGGUUCUGGUCUACGUCAUUGGGUGGGUGUUUGUCUACGAGAAGGGCUAUCAGACCUCAAGUGGCCUCAUCAGCAGCGUGUCUGUGAAACUCAAGGGUCUGGCUGUGACGCAGCUUCCAGGUCUGGGCCCCCAGGUCUGGGAUGUAGCUGACUACGUCUUCCCCGCCCAGGGGGACAGCUCCUUCGUGAUCAUGACCAAUUUCAUUGCGACCCCCCACCAGGCUCAAGGCUACUGUGCAGAGCACCCAGAAGGGGGUACAUGCACAGAAGACAGUGGCUGCACUCCAGGGAAGGCAGAAAGGAAGGCCCAAGGCAUACGCACAGGCAAGUGUGUGGCUUUCAAUGACACUGUGCGGACAUGUGAGAUCUUUGGCUGGUGUCCUGUGGAGGUGGAUGACAACGUCCCACGCCCUGCCCUUCUCCAAGAGGCCGAGAACUUCACACUCUUCAUCAAGAACAGCAUCAGCUUUCCACGCUUCAAGGUCAACAGGCGCAACCUGGUGGAAGAGGUGGAUGCGGCCUACAUGAAGACCUGCCUCUAUCACAAGAUCUCGCACCCACUGUGCCCCGUGUUCAAGCUCGGCUAUGUGGUACAGGAGUCAGGACAGAAUUUUAGCACCCUGGCUGAGAAGGGCGGGGUGGUCGGCAUCACCAUUGACUGGAACUGUGACCUGGACUGGCAUGUGCACCACUGCAAACCCAUCUACGAGUUCCAUGGACUGUAUGAGGACAAAAACCUGUCUCCAGGCUUCAAUUUCAGGUUUGCCAGGCACUUUGUGGAGAAUGGGACUAACCACCGCCACCUCUUCAAGGUGUUUGGGAUUCGCUUUGACAUUCUCGUGAAUGGCAAGGCUGGAAAGUUUGACAUCAUCCCCACAAUGACAACCAUUGGCUCUGGCAUUGGCAUCUUUGGGGUGGCCACGGUUCUCUGUGACCUGUUGCUGCUCCACAUCCUGCCCAAAAGGCACUACUACAAGCAGAAGAAGUUCAAGUAUGCAGAGGACAUGGGGUCAGGGGCGGGCGAGCGUGACCCCGCAGCCACCAGCUCCACCCUGAGCCUGCAGGAGAACAUGAAGACAUCCUGACCCUCACCCCCUGACUCCUGACUGGACACAGCAUGAGGCUUCAGGCAGGGGCCCUGGUGGGGUCCCAACCAGGACAGAAUGGUCUCUGCAGGAGCUCUCUGCCCUCUUAGCCAGGCAGGCACUAGGGUCUUGUCAGAUCAGUGGGGACACUGGGAGGGACCUGUUUGAGUCUGGGCUCUGGCCCCAACUCCACAAGCCUCAAGGGAGCUUUGCUCCAGCCUCAGCCACUCCUGGUCUAGAGAGCCUGGGGUUGGGCAGGGCUCCUCUCACACUCCUCUAUCAGAGCUGUGUGCUUCUCGCUCUGGGUCCUCAAGCACUGCACUGCCUCGUGUCUCUAGGUUCAUGCUUUCCCAUAUGGCAGACACUAGUCACGAUGAGAUGACCAUUUAAAUUUAUAUUAAUUUAAACUGAAUAAAAUAAAAAAAAUCAGUUCCUAAAACUAGCCAGCCACAUUACAACUGCUAAAUAGAUACAUGUGCCUAAUAGCUGCCAUAUUGGACCACAUAGAAUAUUGCAGAAAGUUCUAUUGGAUGGCUCUGCUUGAGCCCUGUUUCUUACUGGUCCCAGAUUUUCCUAGGGAGCUUGUCAACAUUGCAGGCACCUGGGCCGACCUCAGAUCUCCCCAACCAGCAUCUCUAGGGCUGGCCACGGAGAUGCAAGGAUAGCAAACUCCCCAGUCCAUUGUAAAGGCUAAAGUUUAAGAACUGCUCCCGAUUGGGUAUCAGAUUUUGCCUGGGCCUGCCUGACCUGGCAGAUGCAGGCUUUGAGUAGGUGUGUGGUGUACUUCCAAGCCACAUGGUGUCUCAUGUACACACCCCAUGUACACUCUCAUCUACAUGCACAACCCCCUCCCACCCACACUCUGGCUUUGAACAGCUGGGGCCUUGCAAACACAGCCAUCUGGACAGACCUAUGCCCUCAAGUACAGACACAUGGUCCACGCAACAGCACCUCCACAGAGCUAGGCUUCUCCAUAAGUGUGUCAAGCCGGGACAGUCCCUUCUAGCCGUGAAUCCUCACUCAGCUACCUCGGGUUGGGGUGGAGCCCUGGCCAAACCCUGCACCCCCUGCUUAUGGCCCAGCCUCAGCACCCAAGGCCUGACCAAUUCUGUCUGAACACAAGGUCUGGGGAAAGUGAGAGGUGGUGUACAAUAAAAGGAAUGAGGACAGACUUACGCCUUCUGUACUUUUCCCUGUCUGAAACUAGGCGUCCCCAUCUGUGGAAUGCAGGGUUGAGCUGAGAGAUCUUUGAGGUCCUCUGGAUCUCUUGUUAGACAGUGUGGUGAGUCGACACUUAGGCCCUGAGCCCAGCAGGGUCAGUGUUGGAGGUCAGCUCACCUCUGUCCAUGGGCUACUGUACCCAAACACUGGAGCUCCUUCUGGUCCUCCAUGUACCUCUAACACAGCUUUGAGAGGCCUGGCACUCAGACAAGCAGAUAUUCUCUGGAGUGGCCUCAGGAAAGCAGGAAUAAGAACGGGGCUGGCUGCUCCAGGAGAGAGACUUGAGGGAAUCCCAAAGAGGGGAGGAAGGUCUUGAAUGGAGAUAAUGUGGAAGGUUUCUCCAGGGGCCCUUCAGUGGGCAAGACCUGCAGUCUGCACCUGUGCCCAGUCAGGGUCUCUGGGACCCCCCCCAUCACCAAAUUCCAUUUAGACCAGUGCUCUCCAACAGCAGUGAUGGAAACAUUCUCUAUCUGUGCUUUCCAAAAUAGUAGUCACUAGCCACAUGUGGCCACUAAAUGUUGAAAAUGCGGCUAGUGAAACCAAGGAACUGAAUUUUUAAUUUUAUUUACUUUUAAUUAAUUUAAAUCACCACACAUGGCUAGUGGCAGUAAGAAAUGAUAUUGGACAGCACAGGCCAGGCCUCUCUCUCCCUGUCCUUCAGGCCCUUGACUUUCUACCCUCUUCCCCAGCUAAGAAUCACCCUUUAGAUUUUACAAGAAGGGAACUCCUCCUUUUCCCCUCCCUUUGUUCUCCAGUCCUACGUGCUUUUGCACCUCCUGCCCCCUUCCUUCCUGAAGGAUCAAAGGAUUCCUCCUUUGUAUCCAACCCUUCUAUCUGGCCCAGAAGCCUCCUAGCUAGCAGAGGCUGCCUCUCCUCUCCAAUACCAGCAUUUGCUCCUCUCUUCUGCCUCCUCCUGGCCCUUGUUCCUCUGCAGCUCUUCCUGCUCUACCUUCCUGUCCCCAUUCCAGAAAGACCUACACUUCUAUACUUCCCUCUGCAUCCCACCCUCUGCAGCUGGCUACCAGCCCCCACCGCCAGUUCUCCUAAAUGCCCUUGUCAGGUUUACCAACAGUGUCCUUGCUGCCAAAUCCAAGCAGACACUUCAGCCCAUAUCCUGCUUGGCCUGUCAGCCUCUGACAUUGUUGACCAAGCCCUCCUUUGUUGAAAGAUUUCCUUCCAACAGCUCCAGAACCCACCCUCUCCUGAUUUUCCAGCCAGACCAGUAUAUAGGGAAAAGAGUUUUCAACUGCAGCUCUGCCAAGGGUCACCGUAUGUCCGUAGGCAAGUUGCUUAACUCUUCAAGCUUCUUGAGGAGUCAGGGAUAAUAACAGCCUCUACUCCGGUUGGGAUAAGAUAAGAUACGUAUAUGUAAAGUGCCUGGCAUACCAGUAGCACUCUGCCUCUUCAUCCAGCCUCCCUUUCAAUGGUGGAGUCAGCUGGUUGUCCCUGGGUAUCUAUCCUCUCUGUAGUGAUGCAACCCUUGGUUCUUCACGGGGUAUGUGGCUGCCUAGCAUGGAAACUGCAUUUCCCAGCCUCUUCUCCCUGCUGGGUCUGACCAUGUGACUAAGUUUUAGCUAAUGGGAUAUAUGUGGAAGUAUCAUGUGACACCUUUUGGGAACUUUCCUUAAAGGAGAGCUGCUGCGGAUCCUUUGCCCUCUUCUUCAUCCUUGUCUUUAUCCACUGCCUGGAAUGCAUAUGUGAUGGCUGGAGCUCUAGCCACCACCCUGAACCAUGAAGACGAGAGUCACACCCAGAGGUUGCUGGCAUAGUAAGUGGAAAGAGCCACCUCUGGAAGGUCCUUGUGGAGCAGAACUGACCUACUUAUCUUGGGUUGUAUUCUCUGAAGCUCUUAUGUAGAAUUUCUGUUACCUGAGUCAAAAUUGAUCCUAUUUGAUACAGAAAUCUUUCCACCUUAAAAGCAA